AUGGUGGAUAUAUCAGUUGUAUGUAGAACAUGUAUGAAAAAUGAUGGUGAUCUUGUGAAUUUAUUUGUUCCUAUGAAGAUGGAACAUAACUGUGAAAUGUUAUAUGUUGAUGCACUAAUAACAGCUUCAAAUUGUCAGGUCACAAAAGAAGAUGGUCUACCACAAAACAUUUGUACGGAUUGUGCAAAUAUAUUACAAAUUUUAAUAACAUUCAGAGCAAAUGCUUUGAAAACAGAAGAUAAUCUAAAAAAGUUAAUAUUCUUUGAUAAUACAUUGAAAGAAGAAUUGAAGGAUGAAGAUGAAAAUAAUACAUACGAGAAGAUAGAAAUCUGUGAAAAUGCAAUAUUACCGAAAAUUGAAAAAACCGAAGAAGAUUUUUAUGUUUGUCCAACAUGUGGAAAACAAUAUACACAUCAUAAGAAUUAUUUAAACCAUAUGGUAACACACGAAACAGAAAACACCGAAGUCAAAUUAGAAACAGAUUUUGACAGCAUUGACGGUAUACUUGAUGAUACAGAUUUGUCAGAGACAAUAUAUAAAUGUGAAGAAUGCAAUAAAGUAUUUAAUAAAGAAAGAACUUUAAUAUCACAUAGAAGAAAACAUGAGAAUUAUUUAACAAAGAAAAAAACCUUUCAAUGUGAUUAUUGUAAUAAGAUAUUUACAAUGAAAUCACUGUUGAAACGACAUCUGAAGUUACAUUCUACAAAUAGACCGUUUCCGUGCACUCAAUGUUCAAAAUCUUAUACAAGACAAGAUCAACUUAUAGAACAUAUAAAGAGACAUGAUAAAGUCAAAGCACAUGUUUGUUCUUAUUGCAAUAAAGGUUUCGCUCAAUUAUGUACCUUGAAGGAACAUUUAAGAGUUCAUACUAAAGAAGCACCAUAUUUAUGUUCUGAAUGUGGAAAAAGUUUUACGAACAACUCUAAUUUACGUCAACAUAUGAAUCGACAUUCCGGAAUCAAACCGUUCUCGUGUGCAUUCUGUCCUAAAACAUUUAGUACUAAAGGUCAGAUGGUGAGCCACAUGGCGACACACACUGGCGCUCACCCUCACAAAUGCGAUGAGUGUGGCGCCGCCUUUACCAAGCCUAACUCACUCAAGAAGCACAAGUUCAUACACCGCGACAUCAAGGCCUUCGCCUGCGAUACCUGUGAUAAGAGGUUUAACUGCAAAGACCACCUGAAGCGUCACCAGCGCAUCCACACCGGGGAGAAGCCGUACCGCUGCAGGUACUGCGAGCGCGCAUUCUCACAGAGCAAUGACGUCAUCAAGCACAUGCGCAUGCACGUCGGACAGGAUAUAUACCAGUGUUCAGUAUGUCAUAUGAAGUUUCGACUAAUGAGAGAUUUAAAGCAUCAUUAUCCAAUACAUUAUAUUAAUAGUUCUAAUGCACCAACAGUGCCGGUGGGGAAUGGCAUGGUGGCACCCAUUAUGGUACUAAAGACUGACACCGAUGUACAAAAUGUCACACAAACUGACAUCAUGAUAACUGUCAAUGAUGGAUUGUCCAAUGGCAUUAUUAUAAAUACACAGCAGGAAACUUAGUAUUAUUUGUUCUUA